UGUAAACUGAACCAAGCCUGUUUACAUCCUUUUCUCUAAUAAAGUUGUACUGCUGGUAUUUAACACUAUAUAUAAGUUGGCUGUUCUGUGACACUGUUCACUCUUGUCAAUUAUAUUCAAGUCCUUGCAGUUGAGCACAGAUUUACACUCUUAACAUAGCAAGCAAUUAAGUCCUCAGUAGCAGCUUUCUUAUCCCUUCUUCACACACAAAAAAACAAAUUGCAGUCUGUAAUUUUCCCCGGAGUACUAUACUAAUCGAGUCGUUUCAACUGUGAAUAAUCUGACGUUAUCAAUGCUUCUGUUUUGUGAUGAUCACAGCUCCUAGUGGAUUUUAUACAAGUUGACAGAUUGAGCUAGCUGCAGCUUCAUCCAACCGUUUUGCGUUGUCCAAUUUUCUUUAGGCCAGGCCAGUUCAUAAGCUGUCCUUAUUUGACUCGACUCGUAUCAGAGAAUAGAAUUCGAUGGACAAUCUGGAUUGGGAAUGCUCAGCAGCCGCGACAAAUGUGGCAUCCUCAUGGAGCAAUCAGUUAAAUGAUAUGGGGGAAAGAUAUGCUGCUAUGGUUAAUAGUUGUUCAAAUCUGAACCAGAAGUCGAAUCAGAUGGAACAACAGAUGGCAAGUGUGAAUUAUUUACGAAGCCAAGAGGCCUUAAGAUUGGCUGCUGAGAAAGUGUUGGCCAACUCUUGUUCUUGGGGAUGGGGAGAAGGCUCCAGUACUGCAGAACUUUUUUCUCCUCAAGUCAUGGACCCUUUGAGUGGCCUAAUGGUUGAUUUAGACGUGCCAGUUCUUGGCCAGCCGCGGUAUAUUGAAGGCAAGGCUGCGGAUACAGCUGGUUCUUUAGGGUCCCUUGAUUGUCUGAUAUCUGCAACUAAUAGCAACACGGAUACUUCAGUUGAAGAUGAUGACAUAAGUUCCAUACUUUUCUCCGAUGGAAAAAAGUUAUGGAAUCCGAGAUUCAUGCCUUUGGGAGACUCUGAGAACAUCACUGCCAAAAUCAAAGCUGAACAUUGCAGUAGAAACAGCCUAAUGUGUGAAACAAAUGAAGCUGUUUCUCGAUGUUCUGCCAAAAGGACUAAUCAGUCUUCUGGGUUCAUUUCUGACAAUCAGCCUAAAGGAAAGAAGCCCAGAUUGGAGAAGCGCCCGAGUUCAUCAAACAUCAACUUUCAACAUCCUGAUCAUUCAUCUAACUGUGAUGAGGAGCCAGAUACAGAGGCGAUAGCACAGAUGAAGGAGAUGAUGUACAGAGCAGCAGCAUUUAGGCCACUGAAUAUAGGAGAGCUGGACACUGCUGAGAAGCCAAAGAGAAAGAACGUCAGAAUAUCUAGCGAUCCCCAGACGGUUGCAGCAAGGCAAAGAAGAGAAAAAAUAAGUGAGAAAAUUCGGGUUUUGCAAAGGCUGGUUCCUGGUGGAAACAAGAUGGACACAGCAUCAAUGCUAGAUGAGGCUGCAAAUUAUCUAAAGUUCCUAAGGUCACAGGUUAAAGCUUUGGAAUCACUUGGUCCUAUCACCACUCAAUUCUAUCCUUUUCCCUCACAUUCUCCAUUCCCAUUCAACCACUCAUUUCCUAUGCAAAUCACUAAUAAUUUCUCCUUCCCAAAACCUUAAACUAUCAGGUACUCGAGGCAAAAUAAAGAGUCGGGGUAAUACAGACGUUAACCAAAUUCACUACCCCGCAAAGUGAAUUUAUUUACAUAUACCUUCUUCUUCUUCUUUUCCUUUUACCAUCCCACGUAUGACAUAUAUAAUCAUGGUUUCAUCAUCAGUGAUCAACUCGAAAGUCAGAUUAGUUGCUUUAAUACCGAAAAGUUUCAUCAUAUCCUCAUCAUUACAUAUUUUUUACUGUUAUUGCAUUUUGCAUAUAUGAUUGACUCAGUUAUGAUCAUCA